CGUCGUUGACUUGAACGUUUCGGUCACCAUUUUGCUUUUCUCUCUCGAAUCGGCUCCAUAUUCAAGACUAAACAUUCAAACGGGAGCAUAAACGCAGAUAUAUAUAUUAUUUUUUUGGUGUUAAAUCGGCACACAAUCGAACUUACGGAACGAAAUUCGCAUUUGCCGCCAGCUAAAAACAUUGAUUUGAUAAUUGCAUUGCAACGUCCACACGAUUCCGGUGGCCGAAUGAUUUGUUGAAUAGACAAUCGAAAAUAAUAGUGGAUUAAAUUUUUGGUAGUCAAUCGAAUUUAUGGUGAAAAACUAUAGUUUUCAUAACAGAACAGUGGAUGUUUUAGUGUUGAAUGUGCAGCGAUAAUCACGGACACAGACACACAUACAAAUGAUAAUGAAAUAAGUUUCUAUUUGGCCGAAAGACUGGAAGAGAAUCAAGACAGAAAUCGAGAGCAUUUUGGACCUACAUAGUGGAACAUUUUUUUUGAACAAAUUUUUUGUUUGUUUGGUCCUGAAUCGAAGACAAUUUGAAACCGUUGAUAAAUAUUGAGUCAUUUUAAAUGACAUUCAAUCCAACCGACGACCGAAUUACGAGAGUGGACAAAACAAAUAGCGAACAGUAACUAAGAUAAGCCCGAUACUAUGAACACAAUAUUGACUGAUGAGGGCAUUAAUGCUCAAGCCCAGUCACAACAAUCGCAGCAUCAGCUACCAGACGCAACAGUUCUUCCAUCACCAACGACACCAACGACUACAACAACACCGUCGAAUGAAAAUAAUAUCGUCGGAGAAUCAUCUGAGCAGUAUCGAGUUGUGGAAGAGGAACUUCAAAAUGUGAAGGAAUCGGAAUCAAGGUAUAAACAGCAACAUAUUGAGGCACAGAAACGUGAAAAAAUGUUGAUUCGUCGACUGGCAGCUAAGGAGCAAGAGAUGCAAGAAUACAUUAAUCAAAAUGCUGAAUUGAAAGCUUCACAAGCUCCAACAAUGGCCUCACUUCGUUCAGUUUUGCUCGAUCCAGCAGUGAAUAUUCUAUUUCAAAAGCUAAAAGCCGAACUACAGGCGACUAAAGCUCGGCUCGAGGACACACAAAACGAAUUAUCGGCGUGGAAAUUCACACCGGACUCAAAUACAGGCAAAAGACUUAUGGCCAAGUGCCGUCUGCUAUACCAAGAAAAUGAAGAAUUGGGUAAGAUGACAUCAAACGGACGCCUUGCCAAAUUGGAAGGCGAUUUGGCAUUACAGAAAAGCUUUAGCGAAGAAGUUAAGAAGUCACAAUCAGAAUUGGACGAUUUUCUACAAGAGCUGGACGAAGAUGUCGAAGGCAUGCAGAGUACAAUAUUGUUCUUGCAGCAAGAAUUAAAAUUAGCCAAAGAAACAAUUACCAAUCUGGAGCGAGAGAAUUUUUUGUUGAAGAACGGUAACGGUGGUAGCGCAAGUGGCAACAAUUGUGCCUGUAGUAAUAAUGGUCAUGACUGCAAAGAGGAAGUAAGAAGUAACACCAGUGAUUUGGACAAUAGCGAGAACUAUUCAAAUGGCACCCGAAAUAUAGACGAUGUAACCGAUUCCAAUAUGCCGGAGCAACGAAUCUUACGCCACAGUAGUCGAAGUAUCAAAAGUGGAAAUGGGAAUGGCGGUGGAGGUGACAAUAGCAGUAAUGAAACGUCGGAUGAUGAUGAUGAAGAAGACUUGACGUCAUCAAGUGAUGAUGAAAAUGAAGUGUAUUCUAAGAAUAGUAAAAAUAAUAAUGGAACCGAUAUCAAACGAGCCAGCAGCAACCAGAAGCGAACGUCAACGACGCUAAAAUCGUCAAUGGAACAUAGCAGCAGUAAGAAAACGCGCCGUUCAUCUGCAUUAUCGAUAGACUUGAAUGUGGCUGAUACAAUUGCCGAUGCCCAUUAAAAUUGUGGAUGUGGCCAUUAGCCAGCACACCAUUCUAUCACUAUCUCUCUAUCUAUCUAUGUAUGUCGGUUUACACUACACACCAGCCAAUUGAUUGUUGUUGACAAAGUAUUACCGAUUUACGGACGCAACCGAACUAAAACAAAACAGAAACAAAAAAAAAACUAUAAUCCUAAUAAAAAAAAGGGAAAA